UUCAAUCUCGUCUUCAGAUAUACGAAUAGGAAGAAGCGCAUCUUCAAGCUAACUGGCCUCCUUACCAGCCUAACAGUGCUGGUGUUUGAAAUAGUCAUUGUGAACAGCCAAAACUGGCGCCUGUGGGAAUUUGACAACACUGAUGUGCAGUUUGUGUACUUUGGACUCUGGGAAGCUCAUUACCCUCGAGAGUUCAAUGUUUCAGGGACUAUAGUUCAGAUGCUGGUGCAUACUCCUAUCGAUUCCACCUGGAUCAUCUCACCUGAAUAUCAUUAUGCACAGAAUCUGAUAACAUGGGCCAUUUUGAUAAAGCCUGUAGAUCUAGUGUUCACUCUAAUGGCUAUUAUGAUCAGCUACAUGAGAGACCCAUUUAUCGAAAUGCAGAUUUAUUGCUACAAGGUCUCUGGCUUAUUUUUGUUCUUUAGCAGCUUCUUCACAUUUUUUUCUGUGAGCUGUAACUGCAUGAUAGAUCUUUAUGGCCAAACCACACUUGACUUUCCACCUGGCUUUCCUGUUAAAAAGGAAGACAUGAUAAGCAAACACUUUACGGUCAUCUUCCCAUUAGGGAUCUUCACAGCUGCCAUGUCAUUCUUUGGACUGACCAUGAUUCUCACUGAAGUAUGCUCAUUGAAACUCCAGAGUCAGUUAAAGACCCAACGUACUUACAUAAGUGACAAUCCAGUGGCCUGA